AGCUGAUAGUUAUCAUUGUAUUUCAAUGCAUCGAAUGUUAGACAGUUUUUAUACCGAUCUAAAUUUUCUUUUUUAAUUAAUAUAAAUAUAUAAAUCAAAAAAUAUUGUUCUUAAUCUACAUUUUAAUGUUUUCUGUUUUGUUUAAUUAUUGACGUGCCUACGAAAUUAAAGAAAAAUUAUUGGUUUUUUUUUUGAAAAUAAAAAAAAAAAAAGAAUAUGGGAAACUCUAAAUCUAACUUUAAAGAACUUACACCUGAAUUAUUAGACGAAUACACGGAACUUACUUAUUUAAGUAAAUCAGAAAUUGUUUACAUAUAUAAACUUUUUAAACAGGCAGAUUCAAAGAAUAUUAACAAUGAUAUUAAUUAUAGAUUAUCGAUGGAAAAUGUUUUAAAAAUUAUUCCUCAUUUACGACAUAACCCUUUUCGAGAAUCAAUAUUUCGGGUGUUUUCGUCCAGAAAAGAUGGAAAAAUGGGCUUUGAAGAUUUGUUGGAUUUAUGUUCGGCCUUAUCUGAAAAAUGUCCCGAAACUGUUCGAUCUUCAUGGGCAUUUCAAAUAUUUGACUUUGACGGCGACAAUCAGAUCUCGCUCGAUGAUUUGAUCGAAUCUGUUGAGAGACUGACAGGAUUCGAAAAUAGAGAGGCUAAAAUUGAUCGACAUAGCGCUGAACUUAUUGCUCAAUUGGCAUUAUCACGCUUUGGAUGCGAUAUGCGAUGCUGUGAAAACUUUUCUCAGUCUCGAUAUGAGGGGCUAUUAUGGCUUAUGGGGACAAUAAUGCUAUUGUCUUAUGUGCCAUAAUAGAGGCAUAGAGCGAGACACAGCACUUCCGCAUGAACCAGACACGAUUCAUGACUUUGGUAUAGAUUCUACAAUAUUUAUACGCACAUACUUUUAUCCAAAUUGUUAGAGCAGAAGUCGAGAAUUCGAGAAUUGCGAU